AUGACUGUUGUUGAAAAUCAAGAAGUUGCUGAGUGUGGAUGUUUCCUUAAUGCAUGGCUUUGGUUCAACAAAUUUGUAAAGAAGUUAAUGUUUAAGGUUGUUGAUAAUGCAAAAAGUGCAAAGAAAUUAGGAAAAGAAGAUCCUCGAAGAAUUGUUCAUUCUCUCAAAGUAGGAUUUACCAUAACUCUAGUCUCACUCUUCUACUAUUUCGAACCUAAAUUUCACUACGAAGGUUUUGGUGUUUCUGCAAUGUGGGCUGUUCUCACUGUCGUCCUCGUCUUCGAAUUUACUGUUGGAGCAACACUUGGAAGAGCUAUAAAUAGAGGGGUUGCAACAUUUUUAGGUGCUUCACUAGCUGGUGGAGUUCAUCGUUUAGCUUGUUUCUCUAGCUCAAAGACAUUGGAACCUAUUUUACUUGGGAUUUUUCUCUUCUCGAUUGCUGCAAUUGUGUCAUAUUUGAGAUUUCUGCCAAAAUUGAAGGCAAGAUAUGACUAUGGUGUCCUUAUUUUUAUUUUGACAUUCUCAUUGGUGUCUGUUUCGGGGUAUCACGAUAAACAAGUGUUGGAAAUUGCGCAUACGAGGUUGUCCACAAUUCUUAUAGGAUGUGCUUCUGCUUUAGUUGUUUGCAUUUUCAUAUGUCCUGUUUGGGCUGGUGAAGAACUUCACAACAAAAUUUCCUCCAAUCUUGAAAAACUUGGAUCUUUUCUUGAAGUGUUUGGGACUGAAUACUUGAACACCGCACAUGGGGCAGACAGUGAACAAAAGGGAUCGGAUCUGCAGGGAUAUAAAAGUGUGCUUAAUUCAAAAAGCUCUGAAGAAGUACUGGCUAAUUUUGCAAAAUGGGAGCCUAGGCAUGGAAAAUUUAGGUAUCGCCAUCCUUGGGCUCAAUAUUUGGAAAUUGGUGGCACUGCUAGAGAUUGUGCUUACCGAAUUCACGCCCUAAAUGCCUAUCUUAACUAUGAAACUCAGAUUGAACAGGAAAUUAGAACUAGAAUUCAAGAACCAUGCAUGAAGGUGAGUACAGAAUGUGGUCAUGUUUUGAAAGCAUUAUCAUUGGCUAUGAAGACAAUGACAUAUCCACUCACCAUUAUGGUCCACAUUGACAAUGCAAAACUUGCUGCUGAAAAUCUCAAAACCUUGCUCCACACAAAUAGUUCAUGGGAAGAUAUAAAUUUUUCUGAUGUCAUUCCACUUGCCACAGUAGCUUCAUUACUCAUAGACAUAGUUUCUUAUACAAUAAAGAUGGUGGAAUCAUUUGAUCAACUUGCUACCUUAGCAAGAUUCAAGAAGACUAAUCGAUUUGCCCCAGUAAGAAUACGAACUGGUAGUUGGAAAAGGAAAAGAGUAAUGCCAGAGCCAAGUACAGAAAAUGUACAUCAUCACACUAUUGCAGCGGAGUGA